AUGAGCGGUGAAUUAACAGAAAGAGAUAACGCAGUUUUAAACUGCAUUUUUAACCCGAAUCUACCUCUAGAAGAGGCCGCUUCAAUUGCGGAUGAGGAGUUACAAGAUGUUGAAGUUCUGCAGGAAGAACAUGAAAUUACGAAGAAAAUGGAGAUAGAAGCGGUGGAAUUGGCCGAAAAUGGUAAAUUAACUGAAGCAUUAGAUGUUAUAAACAAAGCCAUUCAAAUCGCACCUCAAAGACCAUCUUUAUACAACAACCGAGCUCAUAUUUACCAAUAUUUACGUAAAUUCGAAGAAGCUUUCGAAGAUGCAUCUAAAGCUAUCAACCUAUCUAGUGAUGGUCAUAAAAAAACGCUAAGUCUAGCACACUGUCAAAGAGGGAUACUGCACAGGAAAUUCGAAAGGACCGAAUUGGCAAGAAAAGAUUUCGAAAUAUCUGCAAAACUGGGUAACAAAUUAGCCAAAAACCAGCUUGUAUUACUAAAUCCGUAUGCGGCACUCUGCAAUCAAAUGCUCAGACAAGUGAUGGACAAAUUGAAAUAA